AGCUGAACCUGGGAUCCAUCCCCUCCCUCCUGCUUGGCUGGCUUCCACGGCGUUCCAAGACGUUGGGCUGCCCGACUUAUCGGUGCGGUUUAUUCGACUCAAUGCCCUCCUCCCUCAUGCCCUGGAGGGGUAGGCCGCCCAUGAACAUGUUGGUUUGUAUUUUAUGAUCGCGUCGUCUCGACAAUUGUGCUCGGCUGGCCACAUGAGCUCCGUACCGACGCCAUCUGGCACCCAUGAGGAACACUAAACUGGAACCUGCGGUUGACUGCCGCCUCCCGCUGCUCAACCACAGUGCGAAAUAUGGACACAUCACGCCUAAUCGACAAAGAAGCGCUCCAUGGGUGGCCGGCCUCACACUUGUCGCUUUCCUGGCCGUGUGCUACAGAUUUGCCGUUAUUCACGCCGCGAAGAGCCUUUUCCGAGACACCACACCCCCGACGGCCACAAAACCGGACGGUCAAUGGUCUUGGGCAGCGCUUGAAUCCAGCAGAUCCCUAACAUGGCAUCGGUGCUACGAUGAUGGCUACGAUUGUGCUCGUCUGGACGUCCCCAUGGACUGGUUGGACCCAUCCAACAACAGCCGCGUCGUGCUGGCAGUGAUGCGCCUUCGUGCCACCAACAUGACGGACUACCGCGGCCCUGUCUUUUUUAAUCCAGGGGGACCUGGCGGUUCAGGCAUCUGGUCAAUGCUUGAUCAUGGGGAACAUAUCCAGGCCAUCGUUGGUGCGGACCAUGACAUCGUCACUUUCGACCCUCGGGGAGUCGGCGUCUCCGUUCCCAGAUUAGAGUGUUGGAGCUCGAGGCAGGAGCGGACCUUCUGGGGGCUUGCCGAGGUCGGCGUGUCAGACUCGCAUCCGGGCGUACUAUACGACGAAUACGCCCGAGCCGUCGCCGUCUCGUCCCGAUGCGAGGCUGCAUUGGCGAAUUCGGACAUUCUACGGCACACAAGCACGGUCUCGCAUGCCCGCGACAUGCUCGAGAUACUCAACCAGAUGGGGCAUGAUAAACUCAAGUACUGGGGCUUUAGCUACGGCACCAUUCUAGGCGGCACCUUUGCCGCCAUGUACCCGGACAAGGUCGAGCGACUGGUGUCUGAUGGAAACGUCGAUUACAACGAGUGGUACAGGGGAGCGCAUGUCAACUUUCUCCGCGACGCCGACAAGGUUCUCGACAGUUUUUACAAGCUCUGUUCCCAAGCCGGUCCAGUCAAAUGUAUCUUCUACGAGACGUCACCCGCAAAGGUUGAAAAGAGAUUCCGAAACCUGCUAGAGAGGCUACGGGAAAGACCCGUCGUUGUGCCGGCUAAAGCGGACGAUGAAGACGAGGGCCCCGAAAUGCCCCAGAUAAUAAGCUACUCCGCCCUGCGGCGCAUGCUGUCCUCGGUCCUCUACCAGCCCCUAUACCUCUUCCCCGAGUUCGCUCGCGUUCUUGCCGCUCUCGAGGUCGGCAACGGCCUCCCGUUUCUGCGCAUGGCUGGCGCGCGCCACUCGUUGCCUUUCGAGUCCUUUUGUCCGUCUGGUCCCAACCCGAUCGAGCCGACCGUGCCUCCAUCGGCCAUAGGCGAAGACACCGAGGAUGCGUUUCCGGCCGUCAUGUGUGCCGACUCGGAACCUUGGGGCAACAAGACGGCGCAGGACUUUGCGUUGGUGGCCGAGGGGCUGCGCAACGUCAGCUUUGCCAUCGGCGCCGUGAGCAGCGUCAUCAGGUCUGCCUGUGUUGGAAGGCUGGUCAGGCCAAAGUGGCGCUUUACAGAUACCUUCCAGGUCAAAACCGGGUUCCCGGUCCUCUUCAUCGCCAACAUGGCCGACAACGUGACGCCGCUGGUCAGCGCCCGCAACAACUCUCGGGGGUUCGAGGGCUCCGUGGUGCUCGUGCAGAAUUCGUACGGACACACCACCCUCGCCGCGCCGUCGACGUGCACGGCCGCGCGGAUCAGGGCGUAUUUCCAGCAGGGGUCGCUGCCCCCGCACGGCGCCGAGUGCGAGGCCGACCAGCAGCCCUUUGGAGAGUAUGCCGGGAAGUCUGCUUUCACGGGGUUUGGGUCGGCAAUUGCGCCGCACGAGGUAGCGGGUUUGGCGCGUGCCACCUUGGAGCUCUCGAAAAAGGCGUCAACUAGAUUGCGGACGGGGCGGUUCUAGAUGGCAUCGUGGCGGUGUGCAGGAAAGUGCGGGUUUAAAGACGCGGAGUAUAUACGAUAGAUUAUAUCUACAAAGAAUACAAGUAUAGCUAAGAAGAUGUGAAGGAGAGUAAAAUCCAAGAUAUG